UCCCUCUGUCACCUGGCCAGCCUCCAACCCUAAGCCUGACUCAGCACAAACAGGAAGGGCGCAAGCAAGCAAGAAACUGCUGCUCCUCUGUCCUCAGAUCAGUGAGUGGUGAGACUCGGCUACUGAGAGCAUCGCAGCAGAGCCUGGCAACCCAAUCGCAUGCGCGCAGAGUUUGCUUAGAAGUAUUUGGGUAGCCGAGUGAGAGAGAGAAGCCUGUGUGUGUGUGCGUGCACGACUGUGACCAUUUGACGUGCUGGAGCUGGGGAUGGAUGUAGCAGUGAGAAGCUCACUGUUCCAGCCACAUGUUUAACCUGUCAGUGAUGCGCACGGAGGCUCAUGGAAGCCUCGACAGGCAGCGUGGGAGACCUGCUAGAUGCAGGGUGCGCCGCUGUGGCUAGCAGGAUGCCAUUCUCCAGCCCGGAGCAGGACUCUCCCCUCGGCCUGCCCAGCAUCGCUGAACUCAGCUUGGGCCUGCAGUCUCUCGGCUUGGCCUGCUGGGAUCAGCCCUGGAGCUGUCCUGAGCCUGAACCUCUGGCCCAGCACUACUCUCCUGCAGCCAUGCUUGGGUUGUUGACCAGGCCCUUGGGCAGUGCUCUGGACAGACCGCAGGGCUAUCAGAGCCAAGGCUCCCUGGGUGGAGGGGACCUGUUGGAACACUUCCCCAGCCUGGCCCGCAUUCCUCUAGGGAUAGAGCCUCGCUCUCUGCUGAACUCCGGAUCCAGCAGUCCUGUCAACUCGGAGACCAGCGGCGUCUCUUCUGCAUCUGACCACCUGUCUAGCCUGCGGAUUUCUCCUCCGGUGAACUUCCUCCUGUCUGGCACUCCGAAGGACACAGUGAAGCAGGCCGUGAGGCAUAGAGAAGCCCCUGGCUCUCCUCUCCGUCCCUGUCUCCCAGGAAUAUCUGAAGGCUCACUGGCUAAGUGCUGGACAAAACCACCCACCUGGCCCAGUUGGGACACCCUGGGAUUGCCAGAUCACACCAUCAGCAUUGAGAAGAAGGCUCAGCUACACAGACAGGCUGCAGCAACAAAUGAAGCCACAUGUACUUGGGCUGGACAGCUGCCUCCACGCAGUUAUAAAAACCCCAUCUACUCCUGUAAAGUGUUCUUAGGAGGAGUUCCAUGGGACGUCACAGAGGCCAGUCUUUUGAACACAUUCAGUAUGUUUGGACCUCUGAAAGUAGAGUGGCCUGGUAAAGAUGGCAAGCACCCCCGAUGUCCCCCUCAAGGUUACGUAUACCUAGUCUUUGAUUUGGACAAGUCAGUGAAGGCUUUGCUGCAGGCCUGCAACCAUCGCCAUGCCCAUCCAGGAGAUUGUCUGGAGUACUACUACAAGAUGUCCAGCAAGAGGAUACGCUGCAAGGAUGUGCAAGUGAUUCCGUGGGUGAUCACGGACAGUAACUUUGUGCGCUGCCCCUCGCUGCGGCUCUUCCCCAGCAGAACGGUGUUUGUGGGAGCUCUGCACGGCAUGCUGAACGCAGAAGCCCUGGCACACAUCAUGGAGGAACUGUUCGGGGGUGUCACCUAUGCUGGGAUUGACACAGACAAGCACAAAUAUCCUAUAGGAUCCGGACGUGUGACCUUCAGGAACCAGAAGAGCUACCUAAAAGCAGUGAGUGCCGCAUUUGUGGAGAUCAAGACCUCCAAGUUCACCAAGAAGGUUCAGAUUGACCCUUACCUUGAUGACUCCAUGUGCGAAGUGUGUACUCAUCAGCCGGGGCCAUUCUUCUGCAGAGACCAGGCAUGUUUUAAGUAUUAUUGCCGCUCCUGCUGGCACUGGCAGCACUCAAUGGAUGUGUUGAGCAGUCACCGGCCCCUCAUGCGCAACCAGAAGAGCAUCCACUCGUGCUAAACAGACAGCAGCAUCCAUAUCUCUGCUGCUAACCCAGAGGCUCCAGGACUGAGGUGCCAGGCGUGGGCUCACCGGGCCCUGGGAGGUUAGCUGUGCCAUCCCCUCUCCAGAGUUGAUAGAGUCCCCGGGAGAAAUACUGUAGAAAGUUCACGUAUUGCACUGCUUUCUAUAUUUUCGCUGUUUACUUGUUCACUAAGGCACUAUGCAGAGUGAGGGUCUGGGCGAUGGUGACCCAUUUGCACAGUUACCCAGACAACAGUCACCAUGGAAAUAACCCCAGAUUUCUGCAGGUAGCAGAAAUUUUAUUUUUAGAGCUGUUCCACAAUUUUAGUUUGUUUUUGAAUACCUUACAUCUAAAUUCAACAUACAGGUCUGGAAGCCUCUUAUUUUCACUGGUUUUGCCAGUACCUUAUUUUUUUUGCGGCAUGUCAACUGCCUUGUUUAUUUUAGAGUUUGGAGUUAAUUUAACCUGUAUUUUUAACAUGUUUUACCUCUUUUAUGUGUAGUAUUAGAUUGAGACAUGGGAAUAUAACCAGAUUUGCACUCUCUGGUAUUUUUAGUUAGUAUUUGCUAUGUAGUUUUAACUACCUGGGGGUAUUUGUGGUUUUGAAUUAUUAUUAUUAUUUUUUUUUAAUUAACAAGCAACAUAACCUGGUUGAUGCAUGAGCUGGCUACACAGCAGCUCCCCUUAUCAAGUCUCACUUUGUUGGAUGCCACUGCUGCUUAGCAAUAUUCUUGCAAUCAACGAUCAGUUAUAUAUGGUAACAACAUUGGAAAGAACUUUGACCUCUGAGAUUGUUCACUGUACAUAGUUUUAAUCAAAUUGUUGCACUUUUUUAAUUUGCACUUGGGGGACACAGGAGAUGGUGGUUGUAAAUCCCCCUCUUGUACUCUUGGACUUCUGUAGAUUGGGACAGGCAGACUCAUUGAAAGCAUGACCCUUUAAUUUCCUUGCCAGUACUGUUGUUUCUGCUGAUUGUAGGACUAACUGUUAACCAGGUCUAUUUAUUGUGAAUCAUUAUAAAUAAAAUGCAGCCCAACUCCCCAUUUUUAUUUAGAUCUAAAGUUCUGUGCCAAAGACCUAAUGUCAUGUCUAUGUCUUUCGGUCUGCCUUUCUCCCUUAUGCUCUUUCCAUUAGGUUUGUUGUGCUGAACCUGUUGCCUGGCCCAGCUGCUUUUUAGAGUUUAAAAUUCUCUACCUCAUUGGUCUGCAAGUGUUGCCAUAGUUACCUAAAGUGGAGGUUGUUCCAGUUGGGCACAAUAAAGUUGUUGAAGCAUUA